CCCGAACACAAUAUAAAGGUUAAACCAACCUCUCGCCCUCUUGCUCCCCCUCCCUCCUUUUGUCCUGCAGCUGGGAAGCACACAGCCAGCACCCACCGCCUGUCGGCCCUCGUGACCCCUGCCGGCCGCUCCUUCGUCUGCGCGGCGCAGCAGUCCUUCACUCUCAUCUCCAGCGACCACCAGAAGGGCAUCUCCGUCACCAUGUACGACAUCCAGCUCCAGCCCUUCGACAUGGCCUCUGACUUCAUGUUCAGCGAACCCUUCAAGUGCAUCAUGGACCAGCGGGAGCGGCUGGAGGAGACCCUCCCCCUCAUCCUGGGCCUCAUCCUGGGCCUGAUAAUCAUCAUCACGCUCACCAUCUACCACUUCCACCUCAAGCUGACAGCCAAUCAGCCCCAGCUCCCCAGAGACCGCUCCAUGUACAAGAACAUGUAGCUCAGCCCCCCCCACAGCUCUCUCAAAGCCAUCGUCUCCU